UCAAUGGAAAAAGAAUUCUCAUCGGAAAGAAAUAUAAGCAUGAUACCACUAGAAAUCAGUUCUGAUAACUCUGAAGGAUCAGGAAACGAGUCAAAUUUUGGAUGAAGUAAAGCAGCAUACUCAGUAGCCUCUUCCAAAUAUGAGGAAGAUCAAAUUAGGGAAACAACUAACUCAGAUUCUACUUUUUCAUCUGGAAAGAUUGGAUCAUCAAAGCUUUUGGUGAAGAAAUCCAAAAAUCUUGAACGAAGGAAAAGGAUGCCACUCAUGAAAUUAAAAGGCAUAGAUGACUAAAUCUCCUUGGAGGUCUUACAACCACACACUUUCACUUGCUU